AACUGGGUUGCUGUCGUUCGAGUUUCAACACACAUCUUCAAGCGUUUAUCCUUCUUUUCCAUCAGCCAAAACCCACACAAUGACUGAGCAAACUUACAAGUUCAAGGUUGGCAUGAGCUGCAGCGGAUGCAGUGGGGCUGUAGACAGAAUCCUCAAAAAGACCCAAGGCGUAUCCUCUUACGACAUAUCACUGGAAAACCAAACAGUCGUCGUCAAGUCGACGCUUAGCCAGAAUGAAGUCUUUGAGGCUAUCAAAAAGUCGGGAAAGCCCGUUGAGGCCAUUUAGUGUAUGUAGGAGAGCACGAAGUUGGGGGUGCUUUGGAAGUCUGCGUGUUGGUAGCGAUGGUUCUCUAGCAUCGCAAUCCCGGUUAGGGUAGCUGGUUAUGUUAGAUGGUUCAAGGCAUGUAGCGCGAAUAGAUGCUGCGAUUAACCACAGAAUUCACACAAAAGAGUGAAAAUCUAGCAGGGUAGCUAUAAAAGAACUCUGGUGCGUUGAAAUUGUUGAACAGAUGUUAUGCCAGGUCGCAAAUCCAUCAACAGUCUUGUC